UCGAGACAGGUUGAGGAUCAAAGCAGGUGCGCAGAGCAGUGGACCAGAUGAAGAAUAACACUGUGGUGCAUCAGCUGCUGCAAGUGUCAUCGUCGUCGUCGUCGGAGGGUGAGACGGAGGAAGGGGCGGUGGCCAGGAUCGAAGAGUCCCCGCAGAACUGGAACGUCGCAGGAGGGGUCAGAACUGGCCUCAGUAUCAACAAGAGGAGGCUGCUGUCUAAGCAGCUGUCGAUGCGGGAGACGAGAAUGGAAGCCAAGUGGGAGAAGAGGAGGAGUCAGAUACAGCAAAAGAGGUGCGUAAUCGAGAGAGGAGUCGUCGGAGAAGGAGGAGGAGGAGACGAGGCGGCGGCGGCGGUGGCGGCCGAGAGCAGUGAAAGGAGAUUGAAUGGAAAGACAAGGGGCUUGACCGACGAGGAUCUCGACGAGUUGAGGGGAUCUAUAGAUCUCGGAUUCGGCUUCAACGAAGAGGAAGGUGGUCAAGACCUCUGCGACACUCUCCCCGCCCUCAACCUCUACUUCGCCGUCAACCGCCAGCUCUCCGACCCCAAGAUCCAGUUAUCACCGAGCCCGGCCUCCACCCCGACGGCCACCUCCUCCUCAUCCACUCUGUGUGGCCUCCCAAGCCCGCGGAGCCCGAACGAGCAGUCGGAUUCUUGGAAGAUCUGCAAUCCAGGAGACAGUCCGCAGCACGUGAAAACAAGAUUGAGGCACUGGGCACAGGCAGUGGCUUGUUCUCUGAGGCAGAGCUGCUGA